GUAGUGCUGGGGAACUAGUUCUUAGGAUGAUGUUAAUUGGAUGGUUCGCAUAAAUGGGGCAGUGAGAAAACGUGCGCCUUGCGCUAUGAGCACCGCGAGUCCGUAGGAACAAUGCAGCCACAGGAGACUUCAACGUCAUGAAGAUCGAGGCAUGUCGCUUGGCGGGUUUCGAGCAGACUUUACUAUAUGUAUAUAUAUGUCUUCUGGUUUCCUAGUGUCCACGCUGAACAUCAUCACUCUCUCUCCCGAGACACACUUCAAUCGUCUUUUCAUCGGCAGUUUCGGACAGCAACAUGUACAAGGAUUUACUCAUAUUUACAUUGUUCACGCUCGCUAGCGCCGAUGGCUUUGCUGAUAUCCAGCCCUCUACUAACCUUACAUGGACGCCUUGCUUCGACAGCUUCGACAGCUUCGGCUGUGCCAAAUUGAAAGUCCCAUUGGACUACUCAAAUGAAAGCCUCGGAACUACCUCAAUCGCAUUCUUGAAACUGACCGGCAAGAAUGCCACAGUGAAUUCACCGAGCAUCAUCUUGAUACCUGGUGGCCCGGGUGGAUCGGGAGUUGAUCUCUUGACUUCUUCUGCGAGCUUUGCAGAGCAGGCCUUCGGACCUCAGUAUAACAUCAUAUCUUAUGACCCGCGUGGGGUGAACAACAGUGGCUUGACGCUUGACUGUUUUCCCGGAAAUCUUGAAGCGAGGACGACCUUUAGCCGGCUACAUACUACAGGGGUUACCAACGUUUCUACGAAUUCGCUUCAAGAGCAAUUCUUCUCGAGUACUAUUUACGGAGACUGGUCCAACAGUGCUGUGAAAACUCAUUCGCCUUAUGGAUACUAUGUAACCACGCCAGCCGUCGCAAACGAUCUACGUACAUUCAUCGAAGCCGAGGCCACAAUGCUCGGUCAACCGCCCUCAGAAGCCAAACUAUGGGCUUAUGCCAUCAGCUACGGCACUGUUGUUGGCAGCACGUUCGCUUCCAUGUUCCCGGAUAGGGUUGAAAAAAUGGUACUUGAUGGUGUCCUGAAUGCGGAGGAGUAUUACAACAAUGACUGGAGGCAGAACGUCGAUCAAAUGGACGACGGAAUGGCAGAGUUCUCAAAGCUCUGUCAUUCUGCAGGCCCAGAGAAAUGUUCAUUCUGGGGACCGACUCCAGCUAAUAUUACAUGCAGAAUUGACCAGAUUCUUGAUUCGCUUAAGCACCAACCCGUCGCCAUCAGCGGAGUUCCAAGUGGGACGCCAGCCAUGGUCACCCACUCAGACCUCAAAGCGCUGUUCCUCGACUCUCUCUACUUGCCCAUAUCAAAAUUCCCAGCCAUGGCAGAUAUUUUGCACCAAGUCGAGAGUGGAAACGUGACCAGUUUAGUGGGCAUGUUCUCCAAUCUGAAUACCACCGUCGAUGCUCGUCUUGCUAUCAUGUGCACGGAUUCAUCUCGGACUAACAAGCUCACGAGCAUUGACGAGUUCAAGGAUUUCGUUGAGUACACGACUUCCAAGAGCAAGUAUCUGGGCGAUCUUUGGCCUAUAUUCCAAGAUCCAGUCCUGUGUAGGUCAUUGCAGCCAGAGUUGCCGGAUAGCAUGUUGGUUCAAGCCCCAAUCAGUGCACAAGAAAAGCCCACAUCAUUCCCAAUACUAUUCACCAGCAACACCAUUGACCCGAUCACGCCUCUGAUAUCAGCCCGCACAAUGUCAUCGCGAUUCGCUGGAUCAGUACUCCUGCAGCAAGAAGGUAUCGGUCAUACGGUCAUUAACCAAGGAGGAUCGAUCUGCUAUUUUGGACAUGUCCAGAUGUACUUUCAGGGGGUGGUGCCAUCUGCUAACACUACAUGCUCGAUGGAGUUGACACCUUUCGUGAACGAUCCUGUCGUUCCCUAG